AUUUAAAUUUUUCAGAUGUUAUUUAAUGAAUAGUAUUUAAUUUUAUGCAUCAAAUCGUUAUAGUUUCAUUUAUUAAUAUGUAAAAUAACUUAAUACUUGUGUUUGAAGUUAUGACUGGUUUUCAUUAUGUAAUUUUGAACUUGUUUCCACGUGUAUCAUUGUUAUACAAUACAUAGUUAUUUUGGCGACAGUUUUUAUACAAUAUUCUAUUAUGAAUUUAACAGUCUUAUUGAAUAUUUUAGUCUUAGUAACUUGUGCUACAAUUGUUACUGUUGACAGCUGGGAUGUCCAACUGAACAAUUCUAUUGUAGACCAACUUCAAAUGGGCGAAAGUAUACAAGUAGAGUUCAACUCUACCGCUUUUCAAAAUAAUAAUUCAGGAAAUGAAUUUAGAAAAAUUGAGUUAAUUAGUACAAAUUUGGAAGUUGUAUCAAUAUCACCAAGGUUUUUUGAUUUACCAACACCCAAUAACCUAACAAAUACAUGGAGUGGUACGUUCAAUAUAACUGGGAAAUUCAUAGGAUAUACAAAAGUUUAUUUCCAAAUGGUAAAAUUCAAAAAUUCUGCUAUAGAAUCGAUUGUGAAUUCAAGUGAAAACCAUAUUAACGUAGUUGUAGUCAGAAAGCAAAGACUAAUUGACAAUGUUUUCAUAGUAUCUGUUGCUAUACUGAUGAGUAUUAUAUUUAUAAAUUUGGGAUGUGCUCUAGAACUAAAACAACUGAAAGAAUGCAUUAAAAAACCAAUAGCUCCAAUAAUAACAUUCCUUGCUCAAUUUAUAAGCUAUUAUUAUGCAAAACUCAUAUUUCCUAAUUCAGUUACCAUGCAAUUGGGAUUGUAUUUUACUGGAAUCAGUCCUGGAGGAGGAGCAGCAAGUGUAUGGGCUUUACUUUUAGGUGGCAACAUUAACCUAAGCGUUUUACUUACUACACUUGGUACUUUGCAAUCUUUUAUAAUGAUUCCAUUUUGGGCUAUAUUCUUAGGAAAACGUAUUUUUGAUAUAGAAGAAAUACCAGUUCCUUAUUCACGCAUUGGUUCAUCUGUUGUAGCAUUGAUCAUACCCUUGUUAAUAGGUUACUCUAUUCAGUGUUUUAUGCCAAGAGUGUGUAAAUUAAUGAUUCGAGUAUUAAAGCCGUUAUCUAGUUGUCUGAUAUUAUUUAUAAUUAUUUUUGCCAUUGCUACUAAUUUGUAUCUGUUUCAAAUAUUUUCAUGGCAAAUCAUUUUAGCUGGAGCUAUAUUGCCUUGGACAGGCUUUUUAAUUGGUUUCAUUACAGCAUAUAUUGUAGGCUUACCCAAAGCAGACAUUGUAUCAAUGACUAUUGAAUCUGGUAUACAGAACACUGGUAUUGCCAUUUUUAUGUUGAAAUUCUCAUUAGGACAACCAGCUGCAGAUAUAACAACAGUUGUGCCAGUGGCUGUUGCAUUAAUGACACCCAUCCCUUUAACAGUGGCUUUCCUUAUACAAAAGUGUGUGCGAAAAAAAGGAGAAGUAGGACAUCAAGAUGUUGCUACUAUUUCAAUGUUAGAUGAAAAAGAAAAUGGAAUACAAACAGAACCUACUUUACUGACUGCAUCUGAUAAUUUAAGAAAACAAGUAUAGAUAUUGAGAGGUUUUUUCUGUUUAGGGAGGAAGGGAGAGUAUAGUAGAGUAGAGGUAUUAAAACUUAUAUUAUAUUUGUUUAAAAGAAAAGAAGCCAUGAGCAACAUUUUUUUAAACCUGUGUAGGCGCAAUCAAUAGAGUAAUUUAUGGGUCACUACCACUAAAAUAAAAAUAAAUUUACUUAGUCUUUUUCCUUUGAAACAUUUAUGUGUUAAUGUGUUUCUAAAAUAUUUAUUAUAUUUCGUAAUCCUAAGUACCGUGUUUAAAUGAAUAAUCGGGUGUAUAAAUUGGUAAUUUUUAUUUUAUUUAGCAUUUGUUAUUUUGUAAUUGUUCCCGUUUAAGUACGCUUUAAAUACAUGCUAAAUAUCCUAAAAAAAUGUAUUCAAAUUUGGUUUAAUAUAUUUGCAAGAUAACCAAGAAACGUUAAAGUAAUUAAAUCAUAUUGCUAAAAGCAAUUAUAAGAUUUUAUUUUUAUUUUCACCUGAGUGAAUUUAAAUCCUGUAACCCCCACCAAAUAUCCCACUGGUCUAACUCAACAGUAUUGUACAUUGUUAGUAAAUUUGAAAUUUGUUGUUAGUUAUGGAUCAUUUUUAUUUGACAAUUCCUUCCAUAAAUCUCUCAGACCAUUUUAUUUUGAAUAAAAAAUAACAUCACAAAAUGUACCAACAUGUUUUUCCUUUGAAAAAAAUUAAUUAAGUUAUAAUAUUCUACAAUUGAAAUGUCGUUAUGUUAACAAAUGUUUGUUGUAUCUUUAUUCUGUCUAUUAACUACUUAAUAAAAUUAUUUGAAUUGUUUCUUAAAAACUGUAUUGUUUUAUUUAUAUAUACAUUUUUCAUGUAAAUUAAAAAAAAACCCUUUUCUACAAAAAAUAAGACACCUAUGGUUUUACGCUAGAAUAUUUCAGUAGCAAUGCUAUCGUCAUCAGUGCUCACAACAGACUAUUGAGUCUUUUUAAGAACCAAUGAAAUAGUCAAAGAUAUUUAUUCUUUUCUAUAACACAAUUUUUGCUUAGAUUAUCAGAUAUUUGUUAUAAAC